GCCGCAGCGCCCCUCGGUCGGUUGGACGGGAGAUGGGCUGCGUUUUGCCUGGGAUCCACGUGUAGCGGGCCGCUUGACGGUGCAGUAAGCAUCGCUUUUUGUAAGAUGCAGUUAUUAGAAGAAAAAGUCAUCAUAUCGGACAUCGCGAAAACAUUUCAAAGAUUAAAUCUGGAGCUACAGAAAUUGGAAAAAAUUGGAUUGGAUUGAAAAAUCAACAAAUCUUACGACGACCGAUCUCACUACUGUAUCCACUAGGGAUAAAAUCAGUCUUUGUCCGCGCCGAUGAUGUACAAAACCUCCAAAUAUCUUCCAAAAAUACAGAAAUACGUUGUAUUACAUAUAAUUUAAAAUGAUUUGAGAUUUUAAUCAAAUCGAACUGUAAAAUAUUUUGAGAAUAUAUAAGAAAAGAAAUAAGUCAAAUAAUUAAAAUGAAACGGGAAAUCUCUGUGAUUGUUAUAUACGCAUUAUAUACAGUUGUGUUAAAACAUGCUUUUGCUAAGUGUGUUAAAGAUUCUCAACCGUCAGAUUACAUAAAUGCAAUUUUAUAUAAAAAAGACGGAUCAUGCGAAUCGGAACUAAUUGUCAAUAUGCACAUUAGUCCGAGUUUUGAUAAGGAAAAUUUGGAAAAGUUUUGGGUACUCGAUGAGACGUAUGAGAUCACAAAACGGUCCAAUGUAAAAAUGCUAUCUCCAUAUUUGAUUGCAAUAAGUCGAGGCGUGCCGAUUAGUAUGUAUCCACUACAAUUUGUCAAAUCAAUUAAGAAAAAAGACAUCGAUAUGGAGCCUAACAAAGAUGUCAAUUAUACCAUGAAUCAUGAUGAUCAUGACUCGCAACUACCCAUAAUCUUGAACAGAUUUAGAAACGAAAAACUUUUACGAUUGAAAAGAAACAGCCCGCAAGCCUUUGUGAAAAGUAAAUCCGGUAUGCCAAAAAAAAAAUUAAUUCGAAAAAAAAGGGAAAAGGACACAAAAGCAUCUUUCCAGCAUAUAUCUGGUUUUAAUCAGAAUUAUAAUGGGAAUCUGGGACUAGUUCGAAUUAUUAAAACACCCGAUGGAAAUGAUCUACCAGAGGCUUAUACGGACAUACCAGACUCUGACUUUAAUCAAAGAGAUCUAAAUAUGUUGGAUAAUUCACAAAUCCAUGAAAUGGAAAACAAAUGUUCUCAAAAAGGUUACAUGGAAAAGAAUCAAAAAACUAACAGACAUACAAUUUUAGAAGGAUAUACAGAUCCUUAUGAUAAGGAGUAUAUUGCAGAUUACCAAUCAAACGACGACUAUGAUGAGAAAAAUUUCGGACCCGCUAUUUCAGAUUUUCCCUUUAGGAAGAAAAUACAAAAGACUAUGCCACUGCCGACUAAGGAGAAUGUCGAUGGAUUUUCAGCAGAUAACUUAAAUGAUGUUAAAUAUUCAAGUAAUAAAGAAAACCAUAGUAUUCAAAAUGAAAUUCUUUUAAAAUAUUAUAUACCCGAUCGUAAUCUUAUAAAGAAUGUUAUGACAAAGCCCUUAUCAAGAAGCUCAAUUGACCAUUAUUCUAAAUCGAUUAAUUUUCCACAGUCUGAAGAUAUGAAAAUAAACAAGCGAAACGCACAUUUCAUACCAAAUCUACAAAACCACAAAUGUUUAGCAAAUAAUGAAAACUAUAACUUUGAAAACUUAGAUGACAAUGAUGAAAUUCCCUGCGAUACUUGUGGCGGAAAAAAUAAAAACUCACGAGGUAAAUCACAAAAUAAAUAUGAUGGAAACUUAACUGUAUCAAAAAACCAGUACUACUUUAAUCCCUGUCAUAUUAACUCGCAACAUGAGGAUCGAUCUAACGGAAAGCCAAUUCGUCAAUCAUGCGGUUGCCUUCGUAAUCCAAAUGAUUGCAAUUGUGAAAAGUCAAAGCUAACCCGUGAUCUAAGUACCACAUGGGAAACAAGCGGCAGUUACUCCGUUUACGAUAUGAGUACCCCUUUACCUUUCGUUGCAACUAAAAUUGAUAUUUUUAGAAAGCGUCAUAAUAGGUGGUGGAAGGUUGUCCCAACUGUAUUAUUAAAUAGCUUAACUGGAAUAUAUGCAAACGAAAAUCUUUCAAUUCUAUUUACUACAAAUAUAGAUGUACUACAGAUGGAAAAGUCAACACGGCUACAUGGUCACAAACUUGUUAUUCAAAAAGCAAAAUCGAUAAAUAAAACAGAUUCUAAAAGAAGGACACCUAUUGAAAACGGUUAUAUUAAUAAUUUCAGAAACGAUGUAAUUUUUGAUGGCGUCAAAAAUGUUAUACCUAAACAUGAACUCAAAAACUUUAUACAAGCUAAUAUGAGAACGGAGUCAGAAAAAUCAAAAGAUUCAAUUAAAAGCAUAGAAAACCUUAGAGACUAUCCGGCUUCGAUAACUAAGUUGAAGAAAUUUCCAAAUAAUGAGAAACCCUUGUACUUUAAAAUGCUUGAAGGACAAUCACCAGCAAUUAGCAUGAAAAUCAAAAUGCCCUUCCGAGAGAAUACGCCUUUAUUACAAAAUCUUUAUAAAGUGAAAAUAUCUAGAAUUAUUACUGAUACCACGACAAAAGAUGCUCUUCAAAUUAUAGUCGAAAUUAUUAACAAAGGAUUUGAAGCGAAGGAAUUUGUUAUAUAUAUUGGUAACUGUCAACAAUCAAUUGGGAUAUUAAGUACAAUGACUGCUAAGAAAGUACUAUUGCCAUCUGUUGGUGAAUCUGUAUCAUUUAUGUUGCCUUUAAUCAUUGGCUUAAAGAAAAACAUUAAAUUUAGUUGCGAUGUUGUUGUUAAGACCAAUAUGGUAAGCGACACUGCGGGGAUCCGUCUAAAAACCGUAAAACAGCCCAAUGCAAAUAUGGCCAAUGUAGCAAAGAGGUCAAUGGAUAUUAAAAUACAUUCAAGAUGUUUUUGUGUCUGGAGAUGUCGCUGCCAUUGCCUUGAAAAAUUGGAAACUUAUAUAAAUUUCAAUGUUUGUGAAAAAAUGAACCAUAACUCAGAAAAUGAGGCCGGGCUUCUCUUGAGUUGCCCACCUGCAGAGGAGCGAAAUGAUAUGUGCAUCCUGGAGAGCAGUAAUGCCAACAAUAAUUUAAGAUUCUACCAUUCUUUUUUUGUUACAAUUCUACGUUUAGCUCUUUUUAUAUUGAUACUGCUGUUUUUAUUAGGCUUUUUAAAAGGUAUUUUCGGCUUAUGUGUUCAAUCAAUAAAUCAAUUCGGAUUUAAUACCAUUCAGCCGGGAAUUAUUUUUGAAUGCACUUCUAAAACAAGAAUUUUUAUAGUAAACUGUUUCUUCUUUAUAUGUAUACCAUUUGUAUUUUGGUGCAAGUGCUUUAGACCAAAGGUUGAAGAUUUGAUGGCAGCUAGUACCGAAUGGUUUUGUAGUCCUCAAGAUACCGAUGAGAGCUCGAAAAGAAGUCAAAAAGAUUAUGAAUGUAAUUGCAAACGCCGUAUUUAUGCUGGCUAUGACGAACCUGACUAUAACAAUACCAUAAAUGUUCUGCGUGCACUAAUGCCAGUACACGAAAAUUUUUUAUUUAAAGAUGAAAAACAAGACGAUGAUGAGAGUACAGCAUAUAUCUUAGAGGUAUUGGAAGAGAGCAAAAAUUCUUUGAGUAAAUUAGUACGAUUAUAAAUAAAAUGGAAUUCUUCCGAAUAAAAUAAUCUUUAAUUCUGAACUAUUGCAAAAUAAAAAGAGAAAACAAGAAGACAGCGGAGUCUGGUGAUGACAUGACGAGGAUCCAAUUGCA